AGUGCCGAGCUGAGAAAGGUAGCUGUUCCAGUGAUUGACUGCAGCCAGCUCUCUAAUCCAGGCGCUCACAGUAACAGGACAAAGUCAGGCCUCAAGGUGAUUGGCUGCGAUGAAAUCCUCCUGGCAUUGUGGGGAAGCCUACAGGGCUGGUCUAGCUCUUGGAGCAGAGCGAGGAGGAGGGAGCAGCUAAAUACUGGCACAUCUCUGCAGUCUGCGAGAGCUGAGAGUGUGUGAGAGAGAGGGAGAGAGUGUGAGUGCAUGUGUGAGCGCGUGUGCAUGUGUCUGUGUGUAGUGCAUUUAUGAGCGUGGUGUGUGAACAGUCAGUGCACUGCAUGAGACAAUAGCCAGCAUCUGAUGUAGAUAAAGAAAGAGUGCAGCAAAUCAAGGAGAAAGAGAGGGAGAGAUUGCCAAAAACUCUCCCUGCUCUAAUAGCCCUUACCUUGGACUGUGGGUCGUGUUGCAAAGCCAGGUGUAUGCCCAUUUGGCCCAACUCUGGCACCCAGAAAUAGGCAGCGAGACAGGAAAGCAGCAACAGAAGGAGGUCGUGGCUAUUGCUCUUAUCUUUCCUGUCCUAUUUGAUCAAGAGCCCGUGAACGAGAGGGUGAGACGGGCACCCCCGCACCUCACGUCAACAACGGGGCGCACAGUCGGCAGGGGCACACCGACCAUGCCAAAGGUCCCGGGCGCCAUCAUGGGGUUGCUGCUGGCCGGCUUCCUGGGGUCCAGCUCGGGGGCCAGCGCCGAGGAGUAUGAGUACUAUGGCUGGCAAUCGGACCACCUCCAGGGAGGGCGCUUCUAUGCCAAACAGCCGCAGUGCGUAGACAUCCCGAGCGACCUGCGCCUCUGCCACAACAUCGGCUACCGCAAGAUGCGUGUACCCAACCUACUGGAGCACGACACCCUGCCUGAGAUCAAGCAGCAGGCCAGCAGCUGGGUGCCCUUGCUGGCCAAGAGGUGCCACCCCGACACCCAGAUCUUCCUCUGCUCCCUCUUCGCCCCUAUCUGCCUGGACCGGCCCAUUUACCCAUGCCACUCACUGUGCCAGGCCGUACGGGAUGGCUGCUCACCCGUCAUGGAGUCCUUCGGCUUCCCCUGGCCGGAGAUGCUCAAGUGCGACCGCUUCCCACUGGACAACGACCUCUGCGUGUCGCUCCAGUCGCCAGGCAACCCAGCAACUCAACCGCCAGUCUCGAAGAUAUGCCCUCCAUGCGACAAUGAGAUGAAGGCGGACGUCAUUCUGGAACAUUUCUGUGCGAGUGAAUUUGCACUCAAGAUGAAAAUCAAGGACAUAAAGAGAGAGAAAGGAGAUCGCAAAAUCAUCUCGCAGAGGAAGAAGAAAGUGCUGAAGAUGGGACCUUUGAAGAAGAAAGACCUGAAGAAGUUGGUCCUGUUCAUAAAAAAUGGAGCGAAUUGCCCUUGUAAUCAGCUGGAGAAUCCAAACAGCAACUUCCUAAUAAUGGGACGAAAAUGGGACAACCAACUUCUCCUCACUGUCAUCCACAAAUGGGACAAGAAAAACAAAGAUUUGCGCUAUGCUGUAAAAAUAAUGAAAACCUAUCAAUGUCCAACAUAUCAUCAUGUCUUUCAAUGACUGCCUUCAGAAAGAAAUUUACAUGGAAAGUAAAAUGAAACAAAAAUUGCUUUUAUAGUGUCCUUUAAAAAAAUUACACUCUUCCAGUCUUAUUGAACAAAUUUGUCCUUAUAUAAUGAUUCCUUUGUAAUCUAUCUUGUCUCAAUAGCCAGAUGACAUAGAAAGUUAAAAUGUGCUUUAAAUGAUGAAGAUGAUUGAUGAUUGAAUACUUAAAUGCAAGAUCAGAAGGCGAACAAUAAGCUGAUAUCUCUCUCUCUAUCUCUCUUUUCCCUCCUCAAAAAUAAUAUUGCUUAGAUAUCUUCACACAAGGAACAUUGAGUUUCCAUGAGGUGUGGGAACAAAAUGAAUCAUGAGAUAAGUUACUAAUGGAUGUCACUGUGCUUUGGAACGCUUUCCAGUGAACAACCAACGUGGUGGAUAUUGUGUUGGUUAAAACCGAAAAGAAACUUUCUCUGACAAGAGUUGACCUUCCGGAUAUGACACAGACUCCUGGGGUGGGUGAGAGUGGAUUGAAGGACAUAAGCCUGAUUGAAAGUGAGAUCAGAAAUGACAGCAUGAUUGUCUUUAGUUCGUUAUCUAUCCAAGGGACGGCCUACCGAACGUUAAAGGAAGAACUGCUUUACCAGGUGUCAUACACUUUGAUGAGGAUGGAUGGCUAUCAUUAUGGCAAUAGUUAUCCUGGUGAUCUACUGUGGAUUCAAUGUUUGUAUGUCCUGAAACCAUCAAUGUGAAAAAAGUAGCUGUAGUCCUAAGGCAUGGUAAUGGCAGAGAGUUAUUUUUCAAUGUAUGCCUAUAUGCAUCUUCAUGUGUGUUAAAACUACAUACCAACAGUGAUUAUUUUGUUUCUUUUUAAAAUAUUAUUUCAACUUGCAAUCUUUUUAUUUUAUUUUUUAAAUGCCUUGCAAUGCACUUCAAAUCUGAGGUGCUUUUCACAGGUUACCUUGGCCGAGAACUUACUCAUGUUUAAAUAAUAAAAAAGUAAGUAACCAAAA